AUGAGCUUGAAGGACUGCCUCGACUACAUGCAGCCCAGUGUCUACAGGGAUGGGGAUCUGGUGCUGGGGGGCUUUUUCCCUCUCUACACGCUGAAACACAACUCAGAAGCACAGGGGAAAUUUUUUGUGACCAGUCCAAGACAGAAUGUGACAUAUAACCUGUUGAACUUCCAAAAUUAUGCUUAUGUUCUGAUAUUUCUUUUUGCAAUUGAGGAGAUUAACAGGAGUCCCCUCAUACUCCCCAACGUAUCCCUGGGUUUCCGGCGCUACAAUGUCAUUCCUAGUGUUUUCAGAACUCUGGAGAGUGUCCUCGGAUGGCUGUCCGAAGGGGAGCCCCCCAUCCCUAAUUACACCUGCCACACACACACAAAGAACAUGGCAGUCAUUGCAGGAAUACCCUCUGAGUUCUUGGAGCAAGCCGGGGCACUGCUGGAACUCUACGGGACACCACAGAUCUCCUACGGAACUUUUGAUCCUUUGUUGACAACGAAGGACCAGGUUUCCUCUCUCUAUCAAAUUUCCCUCAAUCACAGUUGUCUGGCUGCGGGCCUGGCCUCCUUAUUGAUUCAUUUUGGAUGGACCUGGGUUGGCAUCCUAGUGCCAGAUGACACAAAAGGCGAACAGUUCAUUUGGGACCUUAGGAAAGAGAUGACCAUGAAAGGUGUGUGUGUGGCACUCAUAGAAAAAGUUCCCGUGACCAACAUAAUCAACACCCCAAGAGAUGUGACCUACCUUCCCAGAGUCAUGAAAUCAUCUGCAAAUGCAUUCAUCAUUUAUGGUGAGAUCAGUAUAUUAGUAACUAUGAGAUUCAUCGAUGACUAUAAUUUAAUAACUCACAAGAUAUGGAUCAUUACAUCCCAGUGGGAUUUUUCUUUCUUACCAGCUGCUUAUUUAUGGGAUAUUUUCCAUGGGACUCUCUUCUUUUCACACCAGGACUCUGAGAUACCUGGUUUCAAACACUUUCUCAGGACAGUGACCCCUUCCAAAUACCCAGAAGACUUUUUCCUUACCCAGUACUGGCUCUACCUUUUUGAUUGCUCACUUGCAGGAACUGUCUGUGGGGAAAUUUCUGUGUGCCUACCCAAUGCCUCCUUGGACUCAUUGACUGAGGGAAAAUUAGACACGACCCUAAUGAAAUCCACCAACGAUCUCUAUAAUGCUGUCCACCUGGUGGCCCAUGCCCUGCAUGACAUGAUUUUAAUGGGCGAGGAAACUAGGGACCAGAUGGAAGCAGAACACCAUGUGCUUCUCCCUUGGCAGCUCCACCCCUUCUUAAAAAACGCUGAGCUGGAAAACAGUGCUGGAGAACAUGUCUCCCUGAAUGAGAACAGAAACUGCGUGUCACGAUAUGAGAUUCUGAACUUUCUGAACUUCCCUGGUGCUCUUCGCCUUCCCAUGAAAGUGGGAGAGUUCAUCCCCCAGGGUCCUCAUGGUCAAGGUUUGAUGAUCCAGGAGGAGCUGAUAGAAUGGGCUUUUGGAUUCACGGAGACUCCUCACUCUGUGUGUAGCAAUAGCUGUGAUGCGGGAUUCAUGAAAAUCCCUCAGAAGUGGAAGCCUAGUUGCUGUUUUGAUUGUAUUGCAUGUCCAGAGGGAGAAAUAUCUAAUCAAACAGACAGUGAUACAUGUAUGGAGUGCCCUCAAAGUCAGUAUCCCAACAUGGAGAGGAACCGCUGUCUGCCCAAAAUGGUGACCUUCCUGGCUUAUGAAGAUCCCUUGGGGAUGGCUCUGGCCUGUACAGCUCUGGGCUUCUCUGUCAUCACUGCAGGGGUCUUGUGGGUCUUUGUGAAGCAUCGAGACUCCCCCAUAGUCAAGGCCAACAACCGGGCCCUCAGCUAUGUCCUGCUCCUCUCCCUCCUCCACUGCUUCCUCUGCUCCUUACUCUUCAUUGGCCGUCCCAACACAGCCACCUGCCUCCUCCGGCAAAUCACCUUUGGGGUUGUGUUCACUGUGGCCAUUUCCGCUGUUUUGGCCAAAACCAUCACUGUGAUCCUGGCAUUCAAGGCCCUGACACCUGGAAGAACCCUGAGGCGGUUGCUGCUGUCUGGGGCUCCUAAUGCUGUGGUUCCUAUCUGCUCCUUCAUCCAACUGAUUAUCUGUGGGGCAUGGCUGGGAACCUCUCCGCCUUUUGUGGACAUAGACACACACUCAGAGCCCAGAAGCAUCAUCAUUGUGUGCAAUAAGGGUUCAACCACUGCUUUCUACUGUGUGCUGGGAUUCCUGGGCUUCUUGGCCCUGGGGACAUUUUUCUUGGCUUACCAGGCCAGAAACCUGCCUGACACCUUCAAUGAGGCCAAGUUCCUGACCUUCAGCAUGCUGGGGUUCUGCAGUGUCUGGGUGACCUUCCUCCCUGUCUACCACAGCACCCAGGGGAAGGUCAUGGUGGCUGUGGAGGUCUUCUCCAUCUUAGCCUCCAGUGUGGGGCUUCUAGGCUGCAUCUUUGCCCCAAAGUGCUAUGUCAUCUUCCUACACCUAGGUAGGAACACCUCAAAAGGUUUAAGGAAUAAAACAUGCUUUGAGGAAAAGUAA